CAGCAAUGCCAUGGAAAUCUCUCACAUUUGCAUAAGAUAAAGGUGUCAGACAGAUUCAGAUCGUGUUGGCUGAUGUUGCACACCUUCUCGCAGGCCGCAGCCGAACAUUCCCGGACCUAUGGUGAUCUUGGUGCGGUGAGUAGUGGACUUAGCAUCAGGAAUAUCACUGCAGGUUAUGGCCCUUCUGGUCCGUCACUUUCACUCUUGGAAGAUGUGGAUUCCGGUGAUGAAGAUGAAGCUGGAAGAUUGAGUUGUUGCCAACGUGUUGGCAUAUGCAUUGGAUAUGUGAUCCCUGACUGGGGUCAUUUGAGCUUAGCCAAUGUUGGUAGAUCCUGGGCUGCUGGCGCUAUUGCACUAUGGCAUUGUUAUUUGUUUGCUGCCUGCGCCUCAUUGAUUGUUGUGAACUUUGCUGCAGCCAUGCUACGAUGCUACAUCCAGUGGUUCUCUGAAACCAAAUUUCAUGUGGUCACUUUCUAUAGCAUGGAGUUCAAAUAUCACGUGACUUUGGGUUUCUUCGGCGCAUUCUUCAGGUGCUACAUUUUGUUGAGUGUUACCAGCGACUUACUACGUUUCACCUAUUUACUUUGCAAAGAUACCUGGCGACCAGAUAGCUUCGAGGGCUACCGCAGAUUAUUGGUGGGUGAUGCUUGGAAAGAGAUUGAAGCGGGUGAGUUCUAUUCAAACAAUUGGUCGAUGUGCCUCACCCGGCGUCAAAAACUGAUGGAUGUGUUCUUCCAAGUCUUUCUGCACGUCUCUCUGGACGUGGUCCCCAUGAUCCUGGCUUUUCAUGGGAUGGUCGGGGACGACAACACUGCAAUAGAAGGAGCUCGCAUUUGUCUUGCCAUAGGAGUGUUCCAUAUCCUCGUCUUCUAUUUUCUGUGGCUGUUUGGUGAAGUGUACCUCAAGGCACAUCACUUUCGAUUGGCUUGGCAUGUAGCAAGGGGGCAAGAAGCUGUGCGAUUGCGCACACACACCGCACAGAGGACUGCAAUGUAUUUUCUUGGCAAAGGUGAAGGUCGUUCCAUUUACGUCCUCUGUGGUCAUUGGAUGCACUGCGUGGGGCGUUGCCUUCCCAUAUCUUUGGCGCUCACAGCGCUGGUGCUGGGACUGCUGGUGGAUCGGAACGGUUGGGCCAUCGUGGCAGGCCUGGUGUGUUCCAGCAUCAUGUCGGUCAUGGCCUGUCUCAGAGAACCGGAGAAUCCUAGAUGCACACCACGACCACCGAGAUGGGUGAAACGCUUCUUCCCACACCCCGAAGCGCUACAAGACUGGAGCGAACAGUGGUGUUCCUUAAGCGUCCAUGCACAGAAACGUCAAAGAUAUCCCUUUCUGAUGAUCUUGGGAUUAUCAGCUUUGGUCUUCAGUUCCUUUCGGUUUCCAGCAGUGAUGAUAGGUUGUUUGGUGUUGUCCUGUGGGACCUUCGUACGCAUUUUCUGCGUCUUUGGCGAAGGCAGCCUGGGAUGGCUGUGGGGCUUCGGUGAGUCCCUGGUGGAAAAUGUGCUGCUGAACUUCGUGGUGGUCUCCACAGCAGGCAAUGCCUAUAACGAUGCAGCGGUAGUGAUGCUCCUGUCUGCGAUGCGACAGUUUGGCUUUCAGCGAAGGAUCGUUGCUGGUGAGAGAUUACGAAUGGCGAGUGUCAACAUCAUGGGACUGGUCCAUCUUCUCUUCUUGAUCUUGGUGUGUUUUGCAUUAGAAACCUAUGGCGUGGACUCAGAUUGGAGUGCUUUUGGGCCCCUGCUGAACCAUACCAAGUUCUAUUCCUUCCAACCUGACCCAGGAAAUCCACUGGAUCCUUUGCAUGCGCCGCAGGUUCCUGAGGUGCCCCUCCGAAGCAUUCUGCCCGUGUGCAAUUUUCGUUUCCGCCAGGGCUAUGACCAAGACUUCCACCGUGCAAUUUCCCUGGCGGAUUUCGGUCUGAUGGCAUCGCUGACCUAUGAACCGCGCUUUCGGGUGGCAGAGGCUUGUGAAUACUAUUUCUCCUCCCAAUGGCAUUUAGAACAGCCACCAGAAAACCAGACCACAGGGGUGAAGUUCCUGAUGUUUACGUCAGAAGAUAAUCAGACCACUGUCAUUGCUGUCCGUGGCACCUUGGAUUGUCUGGAUGUGUUGCAAGAUGUGUCGCUGUGGAUCGUCCCUGUCUUGUUGCAAUUCUUCGGCUUAGUCGGCCUAGAUACGGCCUAUGGAGCCUGGGGUAUGGCCACAGCAGAGCUGUCACAGAUGCUCCCCAUGGCAUACAUCGACCGGAAGAAGACAGUCGAAUCUGUGCUUUCUGCGGCGGAGUUGAUGAUCAAUCAACAUCCAGAACGCGAGUAUUACAUCACCGGCCAUUCGUUGGGUGGUGGUGUUGCGAAGUUGGUGAAACUGGCCAUCAAGAUACCUCAGCGCGCAAGGUUGCAGGUGGUCACCUUUGCCGCCCCGGGUGUGCAUCAUGCAGCUCAUGUGCUGAUGCACCAGAUGGAUUCGGAGAAGAUACGCGAUUUACAUGCGAAGAUGACGGACGAAAGUGUCAGCCUGGUGGCUGUGCGGCCCAGUAAUGAUAUCAUCUCUUUGAUUGAUCAGAGUAGGGGACAGACUUGGGUGGUCUCCUGUUCCGGGACAUUCUAUGAAUGUCACAGCAUUUACCGCACCUUGUGGGAUAUUUUCAGCGUAUGUGGCUCCAUGCGGGGCUCGGUGUUGAAAGUUCCCUGUGGCUGGUCCCCAAAAGCUCCCUGUUGAAACAGCCAGAUACUGAUACUGGACUCGAAGGAACCUGAUUUCAUGGGAGGAUCCACAGUUACACGUUUCGUUACAAUCGGUUACAAGAUCCUCAGUGAACCUCAGUGAUCCUCAGAUUGGACGAGUUUCCUCGGAAGAAAGCGCACGAGUUUCCUGCUGCUGUCGGAAGGUUUGAAAGCUGCACACUGACAGAGAAAGAGAAGCUUCGCCGAGCGACCUAGAACACACCUCCAUGGAGGCCACAAGGUGCAUUCUUUGGCACCGGAUUCUCCUCUUGCACAGUUGGAUGCUCCGGGCAAACUAUGCCUUGACUUGAACGCGCAAAAAACCAGGGAAGAAACUGC